AUGAGUAUUAUGAGCUAUAAUGGAGGAACAAUCCUCGCCAUGGCGGGGAAUGAAUGCGUUUGCAUCGCCUCAGAUUUGAGAUUGGGAGAGCAAAUGACCACAAUAGCAGUCGAUCAAAAGAAGGUUCAUAAAAUUGGUGACAGAGUUUAUGUCGGUCUCAGUGGAUUUAGUUCUGAUGCGAAAACUGUGCUAGAGAAGAUCACAUUUAGGAAAACCUUGUAUGAACUACGAGAGAAUCGGAAAAUUAAACCUGCAGUACUAGCCACUAUGAUUUCAAAUCUUGCUUAUCAGCAUCGCUUUGGAUCAUUUUUCACAGAACCCUUGGUAGCUGGCCUCGAUCCAGACACUAAUAAGCCGUAUAUAUGCUCUAUGGAUACGAUCGGUUGUAUUGCUGCACCGCGGGAUUUCGUCGCUGUUGGCACUGGACAGGAGUAUUUAUUAGGUGUUUGCGAGAGCUUUUGGCGGGAAAAUAUGAGUCCGGAAGAACUGUUUGAGGCGACUGCACAAUCGAUGUUAUCAUGCUUAGAACGAGAUGCGGCAUCUGGAUGGGGGGUUGUUGUGUACACUAUCACUAAGGACAAGGUUGGUUCAUGCAGUCAAACAAACCUGCUUAUUUUUAUUGCCUUCACUCCCAUGCAAUAA